AUGGCAACUACUGUGUUCAUCAUCAUUGCUGGCCUUGCGGCUGCGUAUGUCGGGUUUGCUACUGGCUGGCUGCGUCUUGCGCCGCCCAAGACUGAUGGAAAGCGCGGAAACGCAUCUGGAUAUGUUCUGGAGUGCAAAGUCACGCACCGCCGGGUGCUCCCCAAGGAGUCCUCGCAUGGGUUUGCGUACCGGACCCUCUGGCUGCUCGUCUCGCUGAAUGCUUUGGAGUCCCACUCACUAGAUCUCGCUCGCGGUUGGAUAUUCGGAUACGGUGGGCUGCUCUGGCGACUGACUGGGCUUCGCUCCUCGGCAUACCUACACGACUCGCCCAGCGGCGGACGAGGAACCCGGAGUAUUCGAGAGAAGCUGCUGGACCUCCUGGAUGGCGAGGGAUUGGGUCGGCAUCAGCUGGGAGACGCGUGGAUGCUGACGAUGCCAAGUUUUGCUGGGUUUGAAGGAAUCAACCCCCUGACUGUCUACUACUGUUACGAUGCGCAGGCUAGUCUCUUCAUGGUUGUGCUUGAGGUUCACAAUACAUUUGGAGAGCGGCAUGUCUACUUGCUCGACAUUAACAAAGCCGAGAAAGUAGACGUUCCUGCAGAUACACCUCGCCUGCGCUGGGUUAUUCCGAAGGACUUCCAUGUUUCCCCCUUCAACAAUCGCCAGGGCACCUACACCAUAACCAUCUCCGAACCGUGCCACCCUCCUCUGGGUGCUGAUGGUAGACAUCUGAGCGAUGUCUCAUGUCCCUUGCCCUACGUCGACAUUCAUCUAUUGAGCUCGUCCGAGUCUUCACACGUACUCACGAUGACUGCGACUCUACGUGCCACUGAGUCGAGGCCGCUCACCACAUCCGCUCUUCUACGUUCUCUUGCUCGUCAGCCUCUCGCCCUUGUGUCGUCUUUCGCGCGCAUACUCUACGAGGCCUGGAUCUUGCAUUACGUCAAGCGCCUCGAUGUAUACAUCAGGCCGGAUCCGAAGCCUGCGAGACAAGCCUGGGGCGAGCAGGAUGCUAUUCCAACAGGAAUGUUGCCUGCCAAUCUGCAAUCCGGCCGAGGUGUUGGGUGGCAGCGCCCGAGCUGGUUCGAGCAGUACGCUCGUGGUCUCGUGGAGGCCUUCCUUCAACGCCGGGCGGAGGAACUCGAUACACGCGUCACCCUUGUGUGCGGUAAUCCUGACGAACCUGACGUGGUCUUCUCGCCGAAACGCACUCAUAACGAUACCGUGGACGAGAAACACCUGACAAUUUGGUAUCUCUCCCCGCUAUUCUUCAGCACUGUCUACAUGGCACCGUCGGCUAAGCAUGCCUUACUUCUGGGCUAUCACACCGAACGGAUCUUCAUUCCUUCCUCGCAAACGCUGUUCAGCUCAGUCUUCGCUUCCGAUGCGACCAUGGACAACUCAUUGGAGAAAUCCCGUCCUUCGACUCUGCAGUGCAUGCGCUCUUGUAUGCUGCCGGAGGAGCUGUCCGGGCAUGACAACGCGGUACCGCCUACGCAUUCGCUCGACCCACCCCCGACCAAGCCGUGGAAGUGGCUGCGGAGCCUCACGUACAUAUCCAUGUUCCUCGUGCAGUCGUUCGUCGAGAAGCUCCUGUACCGGCUAACGCGUGCGAGGUUCGUCCCUGGGCAAGAGCCAUGGCUGAGAUGGCAUCGGGCGCUGGACGUGCGCAAGGCGUCGGGCGUGUCUUCGCAGGAGGAUGGGUGAGGUAGUCAUAUCGACAUCGUCGAUGAAACUGCAUCCUUCGCCCGGACUUCCCUCGUGCUCCUGGCAGACGAUUAUUUGCUACGGUCGAGGGAUGUUGUUCUUGCAGGAUCGUCCGCGAGCCGGGACAGGCAUUGAGGAUCCAUACACAAUGUGGACGAAGCGGUGGCCCCUACUCCUCUUGCGCUAUCCUUCCGAGAUUUACUUGUGGGCCGAGAGACAGUUCUCCGACUUUCUUGGAAUUGGGCUUGAUACAGAAGCUACAUAUGUUACAGCGCUACUUCAUACGUUGAGGAGAUGUAAUCGGAACCGGUGCUCUGCAUACAAUCCACGAGUUUGCAACGUCAUGGGCAUGUAU